ACUUCGCACGUAGCUCGUUCCACUCUGAAGAAGGAAGCGUUGCGCGAGGGAGUCCCUUGGAAGCUAUUUACAAACAUCAAGCUCCGACUGCACUGUACCGUCCCGGAACUCUCGCUCACCAAAUCCCCCCUGAUUCGACAAAUAAAUGCCCUGCAUAGGCUUGAGAGAGAUAAAAUACGCGAAGGACAAGGAUCAUAAUCCGCACGGUGACAAAGGCGCACUCGCGAUAAGGAACGGAGAUAAAGCGCAGGGAGCCGUGUCGCCGUUGCCUUCUCAAUGCAUACCCUUUGUGCUCGUGGAACGAUGAAGCCAGAGAUCACCGCAGCCGUCGGUUUUCUGUCCAGAUUUCUGCGGAUAAAAGGUCACGUAAACGACAGACAGCUUCAGACAUUCAGCCAGAGCUUACAGGAUAUUUUGUCCGAGCAAUACAAGCACCACUGGUUCCCUGACCGUCCCUGCAAGGGCUCCGGCUACCGCUGCAUUCGCAUCAACCACAAGAUGGACCCACUGGUGGGCCAAGCGGCCCUGCGUAUCGGCCUGACUAUCCAGCAGCUCUACCAGCUCCUGCCCAGUGAGCUCACCCUCUGGGUCGAUCCGUUCGAGGUCUCUUACCGGAUUGGCGAGGACGGCUCCAUCUGCGUGCUGUAUGAGUCCCAGCCUGUUGUAAACACCGGGGGCAGCGUCAACAACGCGUCCGCUACCUCGGCCUCCUCCAUAUCCUCUCUGGUGGACACUCACAUGAGCUGCAAGGAAGAACUGCUGGGGCGAACCAGCCCCUCCAAAGGGUACAGCAUGAUGACUGUGUCCAGCUAAGCCGGCUGAGGCAUACGGCAGGUGCGGUUUUUAAGAUAACGAGAAAAAAAAGCAAACAAAAAAUGAAAUAAGGAAACAGAAAAAAAAGAAAGAAAAGGAGGAGGAAAAAAAAGCAGAGGAUGUGGCCUAUCGUACAGGUGAUGGAAACCUCACAGGUUUUAAUUUCACUUGUCUCUUACGUUCAAGUUGUUGGUGUUCUUGUCGUUGGAUCUGCCAUUAGGUUCCCUUGUAUAUGAGGGGAUUGUGAGGAGAUGAUGUUGUAGUGAUACACACUGGGGCAGCUAUAAGACCAGCAGAGUGUCUGCCCCUCCCUGGGCAAAGCCAAGCCAGAAACGGCAGGGUUGUUUAAAAAAUAUAUAUAUAUGUUCCUUAUUGAUGUUGAAUUUGCACUUUUAUUUUCAUAACAAAUGGUUUUAUUUCAUAACUGCCACCACCAUCACCGCAAACCUCUUUGUGUAAAGAGCUACUGUUAGGAUGCUUGAAACUGAUGCAUCUCGGAAAGGAAAGAAAUAGAUUGAAAUUAUAUUAUAUUUCUCUCUUUCUUUGUUUUCUUUUCUCUUUUAACGUGACACGGGGCGUCUGAAGUCCAGUUUGAGCCAAUGCCUGUCCAGACCUCAGUUCCAUGCCCAUUUCAAAACUUCUUAAAAGACAACUACUCUGUUGGACCACAGGGCAAUCUUUUUUUGGUUUUGUUUAUUUUUAUGUUUGUUUUGUUUUUUUCCUUAUGAUUGAGCACUGGAUGGACAUCGGCUCUCGUACUGGACUUCGGAGGCCCCAAAACACAGAACUGCAAAAAGCACUCUGACCAUUUACGGUGCGUUUUUUUUGGGCGCAGCGGGGGAAGCGUUUGCGAUACCUAUUACCAUGGUUACCAUCGCUGUGUCACCAACGCACCCCUUGGCACGCGCAUAGCGCUUCUUUUCUUGUUUUUGUUUCCAGGGAGGAGCUGUGCUCACACACCCUUCCCGCUCGAUGAAUGUCAUAUUGGAGAAAAAAAAAAUCACAAUCGAAUUCCCCCCCCCCCCACACACACACAUCAAAUGUAAGUAUGUAGCAUAGCGGUCCCUGCCGUUGAAGGUAGAGAGAAGGCGCGAGUAUGUGUCGUUUCGUUUCUGCCCUCCAUACCCCCUAAGAAAUGACAUUGAAUGCACUUUUGACAGUAGGGCCACGUGGGAUGUACUCGUUGACCUCUCGACCUCCUCGCACCCCGCUGCAUUCCGAUGUCCCGGGUGUCUCCGAAGCCCAGGGUCCAUUCGUUUGGUUUUGCUUGUUUUCGUUUCGUUGCGUUGCCCUCUCUCGCCAAGACCAUUUCCUCCAGAGAAGCUUUUUACAUGGAUGCUGUAACUUUAGGUUUGAUACGUGGGAAAAAAAUAGGCGAAGGUGUAGACAAAAGAUUAAACAUUUCAGAUCGUUUUUGUUUUGUUGUGUUUUGUUGUGUUCCUGUGCUGUGCAGCUUUUAGCAGUCGUGAGACACACACACACACACACACACAGUCACACACUCACACAGACCAAGUGCAAGUCGUUGUACUGAUUUAUUAUUACACCAUAGCACUGCGCUCCAUAUGUGACUGUAGAAAUCUUCUAGAGGUUAUGUGAAAAGCUCGAACUUAGAGAGAGAGAGAAAUAGUGAUGAAGUGAGGAAGCACUGACUGUCCAUUUCCAAAUUAAAGAAUUGCCAGUGUUUGUUAGUUGUGACCUACGGGAACACGGAACCUCUUGUGGGUGCAGCAGGAGGGAAUGGGUGGGUGUUGGGUAUGUGUCUGGAGUGGGAUGGGGGGGGGGGGGGUCUCUGUCCAAGCCACGGGUGGCGCUUGGCUCUUCAGCUGUCUCUGAGCCAUUUUCCUAGGGUCAUCACAAACAGCAACAGCGGCAGCAGAAGCAGCAGCCCCUCUUUUCUUAAUCACUGGUCUUGCCAGGGUGCUUGAGUCCAAGUGAGGGGCGGCACACAAACGGCUGUUCCCCCUUUAGAGAGACGGUGCUGUUAACCAUCCACCCCACGCUUCCCUUUCUGCCCUCUUUCCUUCCCCAAGCUGCUGGGAGCGCGCAGUGACACAUAUCACCUCCCUUUCCCUCUCAGGGGGGUGUGGGCCGUGAGGGGGGGUGGAGGGGAGGGCGGGUGAGCCGGAUCCUAGUCCAGGGCAGCUAUUACUUAACCCCAAAAUUCUGGCUCUACCCCUUUGUCCCCCCUCCUCCACAACCCCCGCCCCGUCCCGUCCCCCCCCAUACGAGGGAAGACUAAACCAGCACACACUGAGCGCGCUCCCUCCUGAUCCCCCCACUCCCCCCUACUAUCUUCUGAGCCUUACUGAAAGAACCACAUGGUCGAAAGUGGAAAGGUCAUCGUGGAGCGGAAAGGUUUUUUGUCAUGCUGAAGCAGUCUACUGGAUUGAGUUCUGUUUUUCCUUUGGAGUUGACGACUACUGCGUUGGUUUUCGUUAUUACACAGGGAAUCUGCUGCAAGUGGCUGUGCUGCACGUUUGUUUACAUAAGUGUUUCCCGUAUGGUUGGAUGUGCAAGGGUACAGUAGAAACCUAAACGGACUGUGUAGGUUGUUUGUGGCGUGGGAAGCUUCGGUGUGCGCUUUCUGGCCAGUGACUAUGUCCGGCCUUGAAUGCUGCUGAGGCUGAACGCUGCUCAUCAGUCCUACACGGAUGCUGCGAAGCCUCUCUCCCGGGGGAUCAAGGGUAACGGAGCCAGGCUGUCAACACGACGCGGCCAUCCCCAUCCCCCCCACCGGCAUCCUAUAUCAGCCGGGGCCCGGUUAGCAGUGUAUGAAGAGUAGGAAGUAGGGAAGGCGAGUUGAGCAGAUGGACAGGGCCGAACAGACAGUGACCUCGAGUCUGACCCCGUAGCUUUGAGCCCCAUGUGAUUUGAAAGACUUUUGGCUCAGAUUCACUAAAUUUAAUAUGACGUUAAUCGUACAUGUAGACAGCAUAAGUACAUGUUGCCAGUAACAGUGGCAGACUUGCAGUUUUUUUAAAUGUACACACACAACGAAAUAGCAUUCUCUCACUCUAUUACACGUGCUGUCUCAAUUUGCCACCAAUGUGAUUUAACCAAACAUCAGAAUUUGAUUUGACACCUGAUACGUGGUUUUAAAUCAUGCGCCACGAGCCCCUACUCUUCUCAAUAUCUUUCGACAAGUUAAUUAAUCUGAAGCUUGCAAGCGUUUAGCUUACAUUUGUGCACAUAGUAAUCAGUUGUGUCAUACGUCGUUUUAUAGUCGAGGGUAAUAGCACAUAAAAUGCACUAUGUCGAAGUUGAAGUUAUGUGACAUUGAGACGUGAGGUGUCUCCAGGAAUGUAUUGCCAAACUCAGGCCUCACACAUUCAAGUAUACCCUUAUGGAAGAGUUGUGCAUGUUAGGAUGUGAAACAUGGAAGGGAAUUAGUCGUUUUCUUGUCACGGUUUGUCAUCGAUGAUUUUGGAGGAAAAAUUAUUGCCACUUUCGCAUUUGGGGUGUUUUACAUAUUUGUAGAAUGUAAUGUUAUUGUACAACAUAUGGUAGAAUACACAACAUGACACAUGGGAAGUGCCAAUAAUUGAUGUUUUUAUUUGAGAUGUUUCGAUGUAUUCCUUUUUGUAUUUCAGAUUUUAACACAAAUAACUGUUUCCAAGGUGAAGCCAUUCGUGACGGGAGUGUUGGCAAGGACCAAAGUUCUUUUGGUAAAAAAAAGAUCAGUUUCCUCUCUGUGCAGAUAGACUUGUCCUUUGGUUUUUUUUUUUUUUUUACUUUAGAAAACAAAACAAAAAAAAUCUGCGCUACCCAAGAUGAAAAGCUGUCUCUAUCUUGUGAUCCUGUCAGUACAUCUUUAUUGUGUUCUUUUCCUUGGGUAUGUUGUUAUGAACUGCUGUAAAUUUGUACAGUUCAUGUAAAUUGAUUGUGCGGAAGUUGUACAGAUUUCUAUAUUUUGGAAAAAAGUUUUUUUUCUCUGUAAUAAAAGAUUUCCUAUCUUGGCAAACAUAAA